UCUGGGAAUCUUGUUGCAAGGUUUUUGGGAUGAAAGUAUUUCAAUUUCAAGAUUUGCCCACCCACUGUUUUAGUGUUUUCAGUAUAUAAGCUGCGAGGCUGGAUUUCAGUAAUCAGAUCAUCGCCGCUUCUUCUCAACGAGGUUCAGUGUUUUUCCUACUAGUAGUUCAACAUGAAGGUCUUCCUAGCACUAGCAGCUGCCCUCUCCUUGGCCUUAGCCGAACCCCCAGUACCGUCCAGCCAAUACCUGCCCUCCUCCCAGUACCUCCCUCCCACCAAUCAGUACCUGCCUCCCCAAAACACCUACCUGCCUCCCGUCACCAGCCCCAAACCCAGCUACCUGCCUCCUACCAACACCUACGGACCUCCAAGGAACACCUACGGGCCCCCUAGCAACACUUACGGACCUCCCGCCAGCACCUACGGACCUCCCAAGAACACUUACGGACCUCCAAAGAACACUUACGUGCCACCAUCGAACACUUAUGGACCUCCCACCCAGACACAGGCGGUGGUUCGGCCCAGUACUAAAUAUGGAGCGCCCUCCAACAGCUACAUCCCUCCCAGUACUAGUUAUGGAGUGCCUAGCAGCGGUUAUGGAGUGCCUUCUGGCAAAGGAUACGAUGAUCAAUCCGAACCUGCCAACUACGAAUUUGAGUAUCACGUGCAAGAUGCUCAGUCUGGGAACGAUUUUGGACACAAAGAGCAGCGCCAAGGGGAUGUUGCGCAAGGAAAGUACUUUGUUCUGCUGCCCGAUGGCCGUUUGCAGACUGUGGAGUACACAGCUGACCAAGAUGGGUACAAGCCGAGGAUCAGCUACCAGCAAGUAGGCGGAGGUUACUCAGGCGGAGGCUACCCGAGCAGCGGAGGUUACCAAUAUCGCAAGUAAACUUACUUAAGUACCACUUUAACGAAAUUCGCUCGAAACCCUUUGGAGAUUCGAUGACAACAACAAUGUGCCUGAAAACUAAUUUUAUUUGUAUUAUUCCGCUCUCGAUCUAAGCUUAAGAAAACCAGUUUUCCUAACUGUUUGGAAGCAAACCUGGUUCGACUGUGUCAGUGUGUAAAUAUGAGAAAUGUGGACCUGUUAACUUCCUCCACAGUUGCCAGAAUCUCUGGCUUUUCUGUGCAGCGGACGUUAGCAAAACGCGCCCUAAAAAGCGGUUUAUUCUAAGCAGAUGGUAGUUUACAUUAUAUUCUUGUAAUAAAUUAUUUUCGCAAUUUA